AUGCUUGACCCCUUAACAUUAGCGGUCUCACGGUCUAGCUCAUUUAGCGAUGAGCACCUCCAUGCGAUGCGAUUCCUGUUGCCGGCCCUUGAAUUUGUCCCGGGGACAUACAUCGCAGGGCGUAUAGUCGAUGGUAUCACUAGACCAAUUAAAUUUGGCUUUCGCAAAGACGUGGAGAUUCUAGCAGAAGAAGCAAAGGAGCGAUAUAAAACGGCAAAAUACAUUGUGCAAGUCCCUUUUGGCAAAAGAAUAACUUUUACAAUCACUGUGCUGAGGCUCACAGCCAAACUACACCUUGGAGAAGAAAGCAAAAAUCUAAAGGCUAAAGAUAAAUCCGACAUGUUCCAUCGUUCCGCAUAG